UGUUUUUCAGCCUUAUAUCAACUGUUUGUAAACGGAAUGAAAUUUGUUUUGCGCUUGACAAAUGACUGGAAGGUACAUGUGAUGUUACAAGACAAGAAGCAAGAUUUUUCCACAUCAUCUGUUGAUAAUGACCGGACCGGGGAAGAGUUGUCGUGAAAGUGAUCAAGGAGUGUAAACAUUGGACUUAACAAACUUGUGAAGAAGAAAUUACUGUCUUUUGCCUCAGUAAGCUGUAUUUUUUUCUCGCCCUUUUUUCUGUAUGUGUUUGUAGGAUUAAGUGUCUUCAUCAUGCCUAGACCAGGACGAAACACUUACAAUGAACAGAAACCUCCGUACUCCUAUAUAGCACUUACCGCUAUGGCUAUUCAGUCUUCACAGGAGAAAAUGCUACCAUUGAAUGACAUUUAUAAAUUCAUCAUGGACAGAUUUCCGUUUUAUAGACAAAAUACUCAAAGAUGGCAAAAUUCCCUCCGACACAAUCUGUCAUUUAAUGACUGUUUUAUCAAAAUUCCGAGAAGACCGGACCGUCCAGGAAAGGGUAGCUACUGGGCCCUGCAUCCAAUGUGCGGAGAAAUGUUUGAAAAUGGAAGUUUUUUGAGAAGGAGAAAGCGAUUCAAACUAAACAGCAUGCAAAGAGCCUUCUUAGACCCCCUGAGGCAGUGUUUGGAAUCACCAUAUUUUGCAGACAGGACCCAAUUGUCUCCUGUGAAUCACGCACCUCAACAGUCACCGAGAUUCCAGCCGUAUGGUCACCUGACAGGGCAUGGCAAUUUGAGCUCAUUCAAACAACCUUUUACGAUAGAAAAUAUUAUUGCCCCGGAAAACAAGACGAGUGGUGUACUUCCCCAACCAAUUCUACCCACCCCUCUGCCAGCGUUCGCAACUCAAUUUGCUGGUACGAUGUCGUGUUCUAACUUUGUGACUCCGUACUCAACUGGAGAGAUAUUAUCAUCGCUUGCUUCCUCGUAUGGAAUGGCAGCGGAGUAUCAAACUAUCCUGAAAUCAAACCACGCACUGUCCCACCACCGAAUACCCGCUGUUCCUCUACCUAUCAAACCUUCGCCGUAUUCGGCUCUUUCAUACCAAAGCGAACAGAAUGUUAUAGCUAGUGCUCGUUCAGCCCUUAAUCUUUCAACAACGGGACUAGACAUUGAGCGCUCCAUCAAAAUGGCACAAUCGAAAAGAGAACAUGGACUUGUCUUGUCAAUUGAACAGACGUCUUGAUGGUUAUUGUAAUAUUUCAUAAGUUAACCAAACUGCAAGGGAACCGAACAUUGGAGCUGUGUUUUCAUCCUGAACGCUGGUAAUUGCUAAAAGUUAAGUGAUAUUAAUUCUUUUCAAUUGAAUUGAAGAAUUCAUGUUUUCUAUGGUGUUAUAGCACAGGUAAGACAUGACUGUUAUGUCUAAUUAUUCACUUAUAUUAUCACGUGAAUAAAACAAAA